GAUAAUAAUGAAUAUACAAAUGAAAAUAAUGAAUCAUUGUUAUCUAUAAAUAAAACAUCAUCUUCCCAAAAUAAAAAUAUACUUUUAUUCUUUUCAGGGAAUAAUAAAGAAAAUUUAUCGCCUUCUUUAUCAACCAAAAAAAAUUUACAAUUAAUCUCGCUUCUUUCUUCAGAGAAUAUUAAUUUACCAUUUCCUUCAUCUUUUUUUUUGGAUAAAAAUAAAGGAAAAAUACAAUUACUUUUAGGUUACCCUUUAGAAAGUAGCAAUAAAAGCUUAUUACAAAUUUUAUCUUUCUCACAAAUGAUCAAAGUACAAAGAAG